CUACGGGUCAACAACUGCUGCUUGAAGCAGAAAGCAGAAGGUGAUAAAGUAACGUAAUUUGGCGAUGUGACAUAUAUGUCAGCCAACCUGCGUACGGUUGAAAAGUUUUCAGUGUGUGUUGUCCGCUGUUGUAAAUGGUGCUGCUGUAAGGAGUGCUGCAGUCUUGUAAAAGGAUAACCAUGGCAAUGUGGAUCCAGGCCCAGCAGCUGCAGGGUGAUGCCUUGCACCAGAUGCAGGCCUUGUACGGCCAGCACUUCCCCAUUGAGGUGCGGCACUACCUGGCUCAGUGGAUUGAAAGCCAACUCUGGGACUCGGUGGAGUUGGAUAACCCAGCAGAGGAAACCAAAGCCAAGCGUCUGUUGGAUAACCUGGUGGCCGAGCUCCAAAAGAAAGCCCAGGUCCAGGGAGGAGAGGACGGCUUUCUGCUCAAGAUCAAGCUAGGUCACUAUGCCAGCCAGCUAAAGAGCACCUAUGAUCGUUGUCCUUUGGAACUGGUCCGCUGCAUUAAACACAUCCUGCAGUCUGAGCAGAGGCUCGUUCAAGAAGCUACAAAUGCCAGCAGUGGAAGUGGGGGUCAGGCCAUGGACACGCUAUCACAGCGCCACCAGCAGAUCAACCAGGCCUUUGAGGAGCUCCGACUAGCCACGCAGGAAACCGAGAACGAACUGAGAAAGCUGCAGCAGAGCCAGGAGUACUUCAUCAUCCAGUACCAGGAGAACAUGCGCAUUCAAGCCCAGCUGAGCAGCUUGUCUUCACUGCCUCCAACUGAGCGCACCCAGCGGGAAACAACCCUGCAGAGCAAGCGGGCCACUGUGGAGGCCUGGCUCGCCAGAGAGGCCAGCACACUACAGAAAUACAGGCUUGACCUGGCAGAACAGCACCAGAAGACCUUGGGCCUGCUGAGGAAACAGCAGACUGUGAUCCUGGAUGAGGAGCUCAUUCAGUGGAAGAGGAGGCAACAGCUGGCUGGCAAUGGGGGUCCUAAUGAGGGGGGGCUGGAUGUUCUGCAGUCCUGGUGUGAGAAGCUGGCUGAUCUGAUCUGGCAGAACCGACAGCAGAUCCGGCGCUGUGAACAUCUCACCCAGCAGCUUCCUCUGCCAGGGCCCAUGGUAGAGCUGCUGAGCAAACUGAAUGCUGACAUCACUGACAUCAUCUCUGCCCUGGUUACCAGCACCUUCAUCAUCGAAAAGCAGCCACCCCAGGUGUUAAAAACCCAGACCAAAUUUGCAGCCACAGUUCGCCUCCUGGUGGGUGGGAAGCUCAACGUCCACAUGAACCCACCUCAGGUCAAAGCUGUCAUUGUUAGUGAGCAGCAGGCCAAGGCUUUACUGAAGAAUGAGAGUACACACAGUGAAAGCAGUGGAGAAAUCCUCAAUAACAACUGUGUGAUGGAGUAUCACCAGGCCACGGGCACCCUCAGUGCACACUUCAGAAAUAUGUCACUGAAGCGGAUCAAACGUUCGGACCGUCGAGGUGCAGAGUCCGUGACAGAGGAGAAGUUUACAGUUCUGUUUGAGUCCCAGUUUAGCAUUGGAGGCAACGAGCUGGUCUUCCACGUCAAAACUCUGUCCCUGCCUGUGGUAGUCAUCGUGCACGGCAGCCAGGACAACAACGCCACCGCUACAGUCCUGUGGGACAAUGCCUUUGCUGAGCCGGGCAGAGUACCGUUCAUUGUGCCAGAGAAGGUGCUGUGGCCCCAGCUGUGUGAGGCCCUCGAUAUGAAAUACAAGGCAGAGAUGCACAGUGGGCGUGGCCUGUCAGACGACAACCUGGUUUUUCUUGCACAAAAGGCUUUUUCAAGCAGUAGCAACAACUCCGAGGACUACCGCAACAUGACCAUAUCCUGGGCCCAGUUCAACAGGGAAAGCUUACCUGGACGCAACUUCACCUUCUGGCAGUGGUUUGAUGGAGUAGUAGAGCUUAUGAAGAAACAUCUGAAGCCUCACUGGAAUGAUGGGGCCAUUCUGGGCUUUGUAAACAAGCAGCAGGCGCAGGACAUGCUGAUGUCCAAACCCAAUGGCACUUUCCUGCUGCGAUUCAGUGACUCUGAGAUUGGAGGCAUCACCAUUGCCUGGGUGGCAGAAAACCCCAACAAAUCAGGUGAGAGGCUGGUCUGGAAUCUGUUGCCAUACACAACCAAGGACUUCUCUAUUCGCUCGCUGGCUGACCGUAUCAGUGACCUGAACCAUCUUCUGUAUCUGUAUCCUGACCGGCCCAAAGACGAAGUCUUCGCCAAGUACUACACCCCCCCACUUUCAAAAGCAGUUGAUGGAUAUGUGAAACCACAGAUCAAACAAGUCGUGCCAGAAUUCACCACCCCGAACCCUGAACCCAGUGCAGGAGCUACUGUAUUCAUGGACCAGACCGCUUCUCCCUCUGUGACCCACCCCAACAACUUUGGUGUCUACCCUCCCAUGGCCGACGGCAUGUUGGAUCCCGAUGGGGACUUUGAUCUCGAGGACACCAUGGAUGUGGCUCGUCAUGUGGAGGAGCUGCUCCGCAGGCCUAUGGCCAACCAGUGGAACAGCCAGCAGUCCUAAACCAGACACCCGCACCUGCGGCACGCCCCGAGGUCAUCUCCAUCUGGAAACACUCACGCCUGCAAAACCAACUGGACUGCAACCAGGGCAAGUCGGCCACUCUGGCAGAUCUGCGUCACAUUUUGUUAUUCAGGUUUCUCUUUAACUGUGUCGAAUAAUUGUCUACACGCCCAAGACUUUUUUAAGAAGUAACUCUGUUAUCAAAGUCAAUGUUACUGCCAUUCAACAAGCUUUAGAUCCUCUCCUGCUUCCUGUAGUUUCUCACUGCUGCUAUCUGGAGGUAGUUUGUUUCAAUUGGAUUGUUAUUAAAAACUGCGACGGGUCGUUCUCAGCAGAAGCUUUGUAUGUGCCCGCUGAGCAUGAGGAGACGUGCACGACACAGAUAACACACAGCUGAAGUCCCUUUCAGCCAUGCACUCACUUUUCUGUUGCAGUUGUGAUGUUACUGGGCCGGCUCAUUUACAAUAACGUUGCCCUUUUAACAAUUCAUAAGUCUGAAUGCACAUGGGCACAGCCUAGAGUAUGACUCUGUCUCCUGGACCUGUUUGUUAUUGCUCAGAAAAUGCCCUAAACACGUAUGUUUCUAUUUACAGUAUGAUUAGACUGAUGCAUUUCCCAAUCAGGAAGACGGAUCUCUCUCUGAGCACAUUCCUCUUAGCUGUCACACACACUGAUCUCACUGUGACUGUGGAGAAGUAAAAGUUCAGCUACACCUCACUGCAUGUCUGAAAGGGCCUUAAAUAUCACUGUGAGGAGCUCUCUCUGCCCGUACACAGGUAGUCCACAGGUAGUACUGGUUACUGUGACACAUAGUUGACAAAUGUAUUAUUUUCUGUAUUACAGAGACGAUUUUUUAAAUUAUUGUCAAGAAAAAACGAGAAGAUUUCCAAUCAAGACUUAAAGAAAGACGAUGUAACUUCUUCUGUUUCCAAAUUUUUGAGUCAUAACUUAAAGAAAGGGACAGCAAGAAGGAAACAAACUUGUCUCCUAGUAAGGUACCUCAUGGCUGUUGCUUUAUAAUUAGCUCCUGAGCUUAGCUGUGGCCUAAGCUUCAGGACAGGUUUAAACCUCCCUGUUGGCUCAGUCUGAACCAGCGUCUGUGUGACGUUAAUAAAGUGGCCCUGUAGUGUGAGGUAGCUGUGGAUGUAGGGCUGUAGAUUGGCUAACACGGCGGUUUGUUGCAUCUCUUCCCUUAGAGGUUACAUGGUCUUCCUUUAAGUCCUGACAAUAAACUGUAAGAGCUGUGUUUAAAACAUUUCUACCAAUUCAUCUGUUUCUCUGUGACGACGUUGAACCAAACUGCCUUACAGCACAGUGGACUUAGGUGCUAUCACUAUAACUGCUUACUGAUUUGAAUUUUGUUUGGGUUUUUUGGGAGGUUGUCUUUUCUCAGACGGAGUUUUAUAUUAUAGUAAUGAGAUAAACACAGACAGAUUUUAUUUUUAUGAUAUUUUGUCAUUGUUUUAACUGUACAGAGUGGCCUGAGACCCCUGAGAAGUUUAAUGCCAUUUGAAUAAGAAACCUGGGCAGUUUGUUUACCCAAAGCGCUUCAAGAGUACAAAUUCAUUUGUGUAAUUUCUCUUUCAUUCAUAUCUAAAGGGCGAUAAAAAUUACUAUCCAAAAACAUCUUGUUAGCAUCUCCACACCUCCAAGCUGGUGGAUUUAGUGACAGGACACUACUCGAGAGCAAGUCCAGCCUACCUUGUGGAACAGGCAGGGUUCAGGUUUGGGACGUCGUGGAUGCAGGUUAGGCUUUAAAGCACACACGGGUUUCAGAAAGUGAGCAAAUAGCAGCAAACCUUUCAUGUGGACUGGAUGUGUCUCUGUUUUACUUUGUGCCCUCCUCAUCUGCUCAGCUUGACUUCCAUCAAAAGUACAGCUGGCAUGUAUGUUAAACAAUCAGCAUCAACAAGCCAAAUGUGCUCUGUCCCGUCCAUGGAAACAUGUCCCUCAAUGAGAACUUCAUCACAGACGCUCCUGCUAAUGGGGUACAUACAAACACAGCUUCUCCACACUCUGCAUUCAUACAUUUUAAAUCAAAGAAAGGUUAUCCAUAUUUCUGAUUGUGCUGGCAUAUUUCAUGCAAGUUUAUUAAGGAUGAUUUUGUAUUUACUGUUCCCUGACAAGUGAUGGCCACUGUACUGUGACACACAGAGGAGAUACCACGAUGAGUGACACAGCAUUAUAUGUAAUCAGGACUCACAAACAGCAUGUUGCCUGUAUGAGCUGGAGUCUCCAUUCCAACACUUUUUAAACUGAAGGUCUGAUCAUGCUCAAGUCUAACCAGUGCCUUUGUCUAAUUAUAAACCAAGUUGUGCCAUUUAACAUGGGUUUGAACAGCACUCUGGCUGUAAAAUAAAUGUUGGUAGUCACACAACAUAUUUUCUUAAACCUGGUAAAGUUGUCCUGUUCUCACAGUGCACAGAGCCUGCAGGGGAACAGGUGAACUGGGACUGAUAUCUGUAGGUGUGCACGGAUCUGUAACAGUAAACCUUGUAACCUUAGAGCACCGUUGGCAUGUUUAACUAAUGACAACUGAAGUUUAAUCAGUGACAUAUAUGUGAAUGUUUGCUAAAUGCAGCCUUUUCUGUGUGUUGGCAUUACAGCCACGUCCAAGAAAAGAGCGAUUCAAGAACUCUUUCCUGGGUGGAGACUUUGUGUUUAGAUUAAACAAAGAAAACAGACGACGUCUCGCCGUGUCAACGGUGUUGGUAGGCUUUUGAUUGGCCAGCAUUUCUAUUAGGAUUAUAUCAGCAACCGGUACUCAGGCAUGCUCUUUUUAUAUCUUGUGUUUUCACGUGACUAGUGUUUUCAAUCCCUGUUUAAACGGUACCAGUGUAGAGAGUGAAGCCACCAUUGUGAUUGUUACGACCACGGCUCGUAAUCACAACCAUCACAACCAUCCUAUUAGACGCUAAAGACUCGUAGAUUUUUGGAACAUUCACAGAGGAACUGAAAGCAAAGAAGGGACAAAACUUUUACUUUUACCUCAGAGUGUGUGUGUGUGUGUGUGUGUGUGUGUGUGUGUGAUGUUUAAAUAUAAAUUUGUGACAAUUAGAAGGAUGGAUGGUGAAAUUCUCAGACCUCAUCAUACUGUUAAACUUUUCUUAGGCAUAUACUUUUAAAUAUAAUCUGAUGUAAUGCACGUCUCUGUAGAAUAAACUAAAAAGCCAUAAUUAAGCUUGCACACCCAUUUGAAAAGGGAGCCCUCACACGUGCUGGUAGUUCUCUAAUGCGUAUCCACCAUCACCUCGUCUAGCUGAUUAUUUGUAAAUUGCUCCGUUUCUUACACUGACUGACCGAUUCUUCAUGUUUGUUUGUCACAGUAACUGGAAGUGUCUGUGACGUGUUAGUGACGUGGUGCUCACUGUCAUUUCUCUAACUCAGUGAAUGAGAGACCCAAGAAAUGUUAUCCCAGUAAAUAUCUGACCUGUGUAGCAACCAUGUGCAUGCGUGCACAGUUACAGUUAGUCGUUGCCUUUAUCAUAUCAAGAUUGCAUAGCCUGCAAGCAUGCGGUCGAGUGUUAGACGGACAAGCAGACAAGUCCUCAGUGUAUCCACGUGUUUCCAUCAGCCGCUGUACAGAAACAAACUCCCUGUGGCACUGGCAGGUAAUCGGCAGCUACUCACAACCUGUCAUGUCCAACGUUUUCUUAAAGGAGACUGCUCUCUGGCAUGUCAUCCUUCAGUUAUUAUUGAAUGCUCUAAAGUGUAAAAAGGUCAGGUACCCAGAUUAUACCAAAUGCAUACAUGUGAGGGAAGAACGUGCAGAAUGUUGUCGACUGUAGGUGUGCGCUCCAUCAUCAUGCCAUGUCUCCUCUCCUUUAGAAACUCUUAAGCUGCUUCUCCACUUCUUUCCAGCCUUGUCACAGUUUAUCCAGAGUUUUCAUCUCUUCCCAGGUUUCAAUCCAAACUUUAAAGAGAUAAACUUUAGAAGUUUGGGAGCAGCAGGAGAGCUUUGUGAGGUAGAUGAUGAAGAACUGUCCUAAUUGUUACUAGGCAGUUUUAACCGUGUGCGUAGUUUCUGUUCAGAUGUUGUAGCUCUCGUAUGUUGGAUUUCUCUUUCAAGCUUCAAGAACAAAUUGGGCGUUUGCUGGUGUUUAAACUGGGGAGAGCAUUCAGGCCGCCACAGGUCGGUCUUCUUUUCUUGACUCGUUUGCUUUGGUUCACUGUUGUGUUGCAGCCUCUCCUCAGUUUGGACUACUGUUGCUUUAUUGAAACAUCCGACUCCAGCUAGCUUUUGGGAAGUCUUCAUUUUCUUUUACAGGGAAACAGCGCGAGGUAUGACUCACACUGAGUCAUACCUUAGUUUGUGUUAGAUUGUUAUAUAAUUGCAGAAAUACCAGCCACACCGAGCUGUUCUUGAAACGGUUUGAACCUCAGCCGAGUCCACGUUAGCUGUGGAUCAGAGUCAUGUGAGUGCUUCCAGCUACUCAGCGUGGUUGAACCCGAUCAUUGAUGCAACAGUCUCUCGAAUGCCUUGAAUCAGUCUGUGUAUCUGUCUGUGUGUUUGCUGGCUUCUGUUAGCUCUGUGCUCUGUCUUAUUUACUGUCUGAAUUUGUCCUACAGUUUACUGGAACUUUAAUGUUGGGAAUGGAAACAUGACAAUAAACUUUUUUUAAUUAA